AGCAGCGGACAGUUACCUUCACGUUUCGAGAUCGAGAGGAUCUGUUUUGUUCUCAGGUGUGACAUAGACCGAUUUAUAAACUAGCGUGCGCGCGCGUGAGAGAGAGAAAGAGAGAGAAAGAGAGAGAAAGAGAGAGAGAAAAAGAGAAAGAGAGAGAUUAACUUCUCGAGGUCAUUCGAGAAGAGGAGGAAUCGAUCGAUUCGACUCAAAGACAAUGAGUCGAACGUUGUUGAUGUAUUCGUUGUUGGCUUUGACCAACGUAAAUGCAAUUUCGACAGUAUGGCAACCAUUACCUUCACCUCAUGUACCAAGCACGAGUGUCCUUCGUCAGGAGGCAAAAUUAUACGGAAGCUUAACACCGGCUAAUUCUCCUUAUGAUAUCGAUGGACAGCUGAUCGAUUUGUCACACGAACAGGAACAAUGUUCUUUAUACAAGAUUUCUAUGAGUCAACAGCUUUACUUCGAGUACAUUCAUUACAAGAUCGACAUGCCGAAUAUAAAAGAGUUUACUCUGUGUAUAUGGUCCAAGUUUCACAAUCAUACCAACGAUCAUCCUCUGUUUUCUUAUGCAGUCGAUGAUCAACCUCGAGGUAUAUUAUCAUGGGUCGCCAAUACGCCAAGAAGUUCUUAUUACAUGAUGAACGUGGACGGUCACAACUUGUAUAGAUUGAAUUAUCCGUUGAGACUUAACAAGUGGUACCACUCUUGCCAGAGUUGGAAUGGCCGUACCGGAGAAUGGCAGAUCUGGGUCAACGACGAGCGUGUAGGUCGUGGGUUCAACAACAGGUUGGUAGGUCACGUUAUUAAGGGCGGUGGUAUUGCGAUAUCAGGUCAAGAACAACGUCAGUUGGGUGGUGGCUUUUUAGAAGGGGAAGGUUCUCCUCCAGGAUCGGGUGGUAUGUUAGGAGAAAUAACAAUGGUUCAAUUGUAUAGCGUUGCUCUGACAGCUGGUAAGGCUCAUAAAGAUCACAAACAUCACCACGCUCAUCAUUACGAGCACGAUACUACGAAUAAUACACCAAGGCCGAUAACAAAGCAACCGGUUACAGGACCGCCUUUACCUCCUAGUCCAUUCUUAACUGGAGGUCAAAUUAAUCCCCAAGUGAAAAUCAAUCCGGGUGCAACAUUGCAAAUUAUUCGAAACGGAGUGAUCAUGCGUCAUCCAGCAUUACCCAGGGAACCACCACCACAACCCUUUCCACCAGCCAAUCUCGAAAGUCUUUCAACGGUGAUCCCAUUUGUUUCGCAGUCACCAACACUGCCAGUAACUUUGCAACAAGAUUCCGGAAUAUUUGGAAAUCCUUUAAGUAGACCAACCGGUCCUUAUCACGAACUUUUCAAAAGAGAGGAAACUGUAACGAAGAGGGAAGAUAUUUGGGAUAAGAUUGAUAAGAAAAUAACAACGACGUCUAACUCUACUGUUGUUGAGAACAACAACGAUGACAACGAUGACAAGGUGAAGUUCAUUGACAGGAUCAAGGACGAUAUAGAAAAGACGCCGAAAAAACAUGGUACAGAGAAAAAGAAAAGAGGAAUCCUGCAAUUGCCAGAUGGUUUAUUGUUCGAUGAAAAUUAUGCCGUACCUCAAGGAUUGGACAAUGAUUAUUUGUCUGGUUUGGCCAGUUUUGAUCUUCAAUCGGUCAAGCAAGAUAACAAAGAUGACGAAAGAGAACCAGCUGAGGCUGAAGUUAAAAGGAUUAUGGAUAUUUGCGAUGGCUGUGCCGAAGAACCUUUUGAGAAAGCCUUGAUCAUGGGAUGGAGAUCCGUACCUAAAAAGGUUUACUCCGGUGCUCUCUAUAUACCUGCUGUGCAGGUCUGCAAAGCUUUUUAAUCGAUCCUUCUCCUGGCUUCUCCUUGAGAGAAUUAAAUAUCAUAUCCCUUAAAGGUUUUACGAAGCCUAAGAAUGGCUGAUAGAUAAAAGACAAUCAUUUCAUCUCAUCUCAUCUCAUCUCAUUUCACCUCUCUCUCUCUCUCUCUCUCUCUCUCUCUCUCUCUCUCUCUCUCUCUCUCUCUCUCUCUCUCUCUAUCUAUCUAUCUAUCUCUCUCACUUUCUCUCAUACACAUACACACAAAAUAUAGUUAUCUCUAUAUAGAUUCUUCACGAGAAAUCAUAAUGGAUAUUAAUCUCGAUCAUAUUUUCAAGAUC